AUGGCCAACAAAAUAGUGCAAACAUUAUCUGGAACUGUAAUGGAAGUAAUGCGCGCAGUCGAAAACGUCACUAAUUGCAAUGUCACGACAAAUGAGAAAAACGAUUGCAACCUUAAAGCUACUGCUCUCGCAUGCGUUAGUAUAAUAAUAAUGGCUAUUCUGUCAAUAGUUUUGGGUUCUAAGCGAUCAGUUAAAUUGCAUAGAGAAAAAGAGGUAAGCGGUGAAACAACCGAUGCUAUGAGCAGAAAGGAGGCCAUUUAUUUUCCUAUUAUUGCUUCGUUGGCCCUUUUUGGUCUCUACAUGUCUCUUAAGGUCUUUUCCAAAAAUCAUAUCAAUCUCGUGCUUACUGGUUACUCCUGCCUCCUUGGUGUCACUGCUUUAAUACAUACCUCCAGACCAUUAGUUAAGUUUCUGAUGUCGGCUGCGAUCUCAGAAAUAACAUACCAUAUACUUUUUAACAGAGGCGAAGGUAAAACCAAAGAAAAGCUCAUAAGUUUCAAAUUCUCUACCUACGACGUGUUGUGCCUAAUAAUUUCCACAACAAUUGGCGUGUGGUACUUGAUAAAGAAACAUUGGAUAGCAAAGAAUGUAUUUGGGUUGGCCUUCACUAUGAAUGCCGUGGAGAUAUUGUAUUUGAACAAUAUCGUUACAGGUUGCAUUCUUCUAAGCGGCUUAUUUUUUUACGACAUUUUUUGGAUUCUUGGCAGCAAUGUUAUAGUUUCAAUAGCUAAGAGCUUUGAAACGCCUAUUAUGUUAGUUUUUCCUCAGGACUGGAUAAGUAACGGCAUUAAUGGUUCCAAUUUCGUCACGUUAAGCUUGGGCGACGUCAUCAUACCAGGCAUGUUUAUAGCCCUGUUACUGCGUUUCGAUCAUAGCACUGACCGCAAAAGUGACAUCUAUUUCCAUUCCACUUUGAUAGCCUACUUUAUAGGUUUAACGGCUACAAUUAUCCAUCGUAUUGUGUUUGAAGAGGUUCAGCCAGCAAGAUUGUUUUUGGUACCAACCUGUUUGAGUACGCCAUUGCUAGUCGCUCUAUUACGUGGUGAAAUGGGAACAUUAUUUGCCUAUCACGAUCACCCUGAGAGGAAAACUAAAAAUAAACAGAGCAAAGAUAUUGUGAACGCGAAGAAUUCUAGAAAUGUUACGUUGCCCGCUAAGGAUAUAAGCUCGACAAAAACCUACAGGCGAUAUCAAAGGCUUCCUGAAUAA